AUGCCGGCAACUCUCCGCGAGCAGCGGCAGCGCUGCCGCUGCUCGCGGAGAGGUCCGCGAAGCCUGGGCGCGCUGAUCUCAGCGCGCGCAGGCUUCGGCAAGCCGGCAACUCUCCGCGAGCAGCGGCAGCGCUGCCGCUGCUCGCGGAGAGGUCCGCGAAGCCUGGGCCCGCUGAACUCCGCGCGCGCCGGCUUCGGCAUGCCGGCACCGCUCCGCGAGCAGCGGCAGCGCGGCCGCUGCUCGCGGAGAGGUCCGCGAAGCCUGGGCGCGCUGAUCUCAGCGCGCCCAGGCUCGGCAUGCCGGCAACUCUCCGCGAGCAGCGGCAGCGCUGCCGCUGCUCGCGGAGAGAUCCGCGAAGCCUGGGCGCGCUGA